UGACUCCUCCCUCUGUCAACUUGAGUGGGCACUGCAAGCCGUGUAGGGAAGCCGUGGGAUGCAAGCGAGUCAUGACCUGCAAUUUUUCAUCUCGGUCACCUUUUUAAAAGACACGGGACGAGCGCCUUUAUCGGCGGAGUGCGUGCACAAAUACUUUCGACGUCUUCAGCAAAGAACGGGGUUUGUCGUUUCAGCAUAGCACCAUUAAUUAGUUAGCCUGGAAGCUAAGCUAGUAAAGUAGCAUCACUUGGUUCGUCUGCGUUUUAUUUUUUUAAUUGCUAAAUUCUACGUAUACACUGCGCUUUUGAUGAAUGGGCUUCUUAUCAAAUCAUUCCACGUGGUGGACUUAUUGACUCGAAACAGCAGAUGUUAGUCAUACAUUUUUAAGUUCCUAUUAAUGCCCCGGAUCGACGUCCCAUUAGGUUUACUUCAUGCAUGUUUGAAACAUAAGGAUGAGAGGUCCUCAUCCCUCCCACAAAGCUGUGCUUCUUCCUCUCUGACCAACAUCUGCCGCAGCCGGAGGACAGAGCUGUCCACGGCCUGUGAGCAAGGAGAAACCGUCCGUGGUGCCCCCCACUCCCCCCAACGUGUCCGGUCCUUAUUUUUCGAACCAUGGCUGAUAGUGGGCUGCACACACAGUCUAAGCAAGGGGACGUUGUGUCCCUCAGCAACACGUCCUCGGGCCCGACCUCUGCUACUGAGACCAGAGGUUGUGAGAAUGGCGCCCUAAUGGACUCGUUUGGAAUCUUCCUUCAAGGUCUCCUCGCUGUGAUGGCUUUCAGCAUUCUUAUGUUGAAACGCUUCCGGGAGCCCAAACAUGAAAGGAGACCCUGGAGAAUCUGGUUCCUGGAUACUUCCAAACAGGCCAUUGGGAUGCUCUUCAUCCACUUUGCUAAUGUCUACCUUUCAGACCUUACUGAGGAGGAUCCCUGCUCGCUAUACCUCAUUAACUUCCUAUUGGAUGCCUCACUGGGCAUGUUGUUCAUCUAUGCCGGCGUAAGAGCCAUCAGUGCAGUUGUCGAGUGGAGGCAGUGGGAGUCUCUCCGCUUUGGAGAAUACGGAGAGCCUAUCCAGUGCACAGCGUGGUUGGGCCAGUGUAUUCUCUACAUCCUCAUCAUGAUGUUUGAGAAAGUCCUUAUCAUGCUCGUCCUUCUCAUUCCACAAUGGAAGAAGCUGGCGCUCCUCAACCCCAUCGAGAAUCCAGACUUGGAGCUGGCCAUCGUCAUGCUCAUCGUUCCGUUCUUCGUGAAUGCCCUCAUGUUUUGGGUGGUGGACAAUUUUCUCAUGAAGAAGCAUAGGACCAAAGCAAAGGUGGAAGAGAGAGAGGAGGACUCGCGGGGGAAUGGCAAAGUGCGCUACAGACGAGCUCUGUCCCACGAUGACUCGGAGUCCGAGAUCCUUUUCUCAGCAGACGACGAAAUGGACGAGUCAGAUGAGGACGACGUUCGACGCCUCACGGGUCUGAAGACAGUUAAGAAGAAGAAGCUGCGCAUGGGGAUUCCUGUUUGACCGAACGCCUUCAUGAAAGCGCGGCCGGCUACGUAGCUUCCGCCACAGACUCAUCAGCAACCUCCUCAAAGACCCUCUCAGACAUCGGAAGCCCCUUUAAAGGCAGUAGCCUAAAUGACCCCUGCAGGUUAAACACGCUUGGACGGACAUACCUGAGUGAGUUUGGCGUGAGUAUAAUAGGAAACACAAUGGUUACGCUUACUGCAGUGCAACCACCAUGCAAAUGCUUUCUAACUUGUUGUUGCGUACUCUUGAAACAUAUUCCUUUUGUGUUCUCAUGUUGACGUACCGCCAUGGACGUGCACAUGCUCUGCUCAUACGGUAGAGGUAUGUAGCAGAAUUAAGUAAAAAAAAUCUGAAAGUCAAGUCACUGCAGAAGUCCUUAAAUAUCUACCCUACUGGUCAAGUGUGUCUUAUUCCCUGACGAAUAGUUUUGUGUUUAAAUGUCCUGUAUUAUUUUUUUAUACAGGUUUUAUUUGUGGGCCAAAAGAUCAACUAUGCUUUGCUACAGAAGUGUUCUUUACCCCUCUUGCACAACCGAUCACAUUGUUUCUCUUUUCUUUGCUGUUUUUUUUUUUUGGGGCACAGCAUGUGCCUGAGUGACAUUACCAGCAGAUGUUUUGUUAAUUUAGUGUUUUUUAUUAGAGUUUCAAAUGUUUAGGCAUGACGGGGCUAAUCAGGAGUGCUCUGAUUUGAAGAAUGUGACAUGCAUAGACCUCAAUACUGUUAAGUGACUGUGGACCAAACAGUUGGGAGAAAGGGUGCCUGUAGCAAAUAUUUGCCCGUGUGUGCGCAAGUGUUUGCCGUAGAUGUGAGUGAUGCAGCCCUUUAACGUAAACGGAGCGAGAGGUUUACUGUGAUGGCGAUGAUGCAGCAGCACCGCUGUGGAGGGUUUCAUGGUAGCAUGAAAAAAAGAGCUUUUAUUUAAAAGGAGGCAAAUCUUUGCUGCAUUUAUCUCAACAAGGUGAUGCUUUCUGUUUCACAAGAAGGGACAGAACGGUAGUGAUAUAUCAUUAGAAAAGAUUUUUCAAUAAAGAAUGUGAUGAACUGUG